GUUAAAAGAAAGAAAGAAAGAAAGAAAGAAAGAAUGAAAUUAUUAUUGUCGGUGUUGGAUUUUGGAAAAGCAAAAGCUUUUUUCUUCAAACAACUUUCCUUCCUUCGUUCCUGUCUGGGUCAAUCCAAACCUUAAAAACGCUGAUUUGCUGCAUAGCAUUGCAGCUGCUCUGUAAUAAUAAAAAAUUGGAAUUCACAAAACCAAAUCUCACUCUAAAUUUAAAUUUAAAUGGAAGGUGAAAGUGGAAGUGGAAGCGGUGAGGUGAAGAAGCUGAAGCUGAAGCUGUAUUCAUUCUGGUGGAGCACCUGUUCCGUCCGUGUUCGUAUUGCCCUCAACUUCAAAGGGCUGAAAUACGAGUACAAAUCAGUUGACUUGUUGAAGGGAGAGCAAUUGAGCCCCGAGUUUAUAAAGCUCAAUCCUAGUGGUAAUGUUCCUGUGCUCGUCGAUGGAGACACCCUAGUUGCCGACUCUUUUGCCAUCCUCAUGUAUUUAGAAGACAAGUAUCCUCACCACUAUCCACUGUUGCCCCAAGAUAUUCACAAAAGAGCCAUCAAUUACCAGGCUGCCAAUAUUGUUUCCUCAAGCAUUCAACCUCUUCAAAAAGUAGCUACACUGAAGUGCAUUGAGGAAAAAAUUAGUUCUGAUCCUGAUGUGAAACUUGCUUGGGCUCAACAUUAUAUCAAAAAAGGCUUUGUAGCACUCGAGAGGCUUUUAAAGGACUAUGCUGGAAGAUUUGCUACUGGAGAUGAAGUUUACCUGGCAGAUUUGUUUCUAGCUCCUCAGAUUCAUGCAGCAAUUAAAAGGUUCAAUGUUGACAUGACUCAAUUCCCUCUCUUAUCCAGAUUGAAUGAGGCAUACAAUGAGAUACCAGCUUUCCAAGAUGCUAUGCCAGAAAAGCAGCCAGAUACUCCUCUAGCAAGUGCUAGUUAAACCAAUGGGUUGAAAAGCAUAAAGUGCUACUGCCAGAUGAUCAAGCUUCGAGAUAGAGCUUUUCAAGGCAUAUUUGUAUAAAGAUAAAGGUGCUGUGAUGAAGGUUGUCACCUCAUCGAACGUAGUGGAAUAAUGUGAAUAAUAAUAGAUGGUGAGCUGAUAUAUAAAAUAAAUGGUUUGGUUACCUGUUUGAAGUUCCUUCAAGUUCAGUUUGCUUUUGUAUCCACUAAAAUUAUAGUUUUGUUUACCUGUGUUUUCUUCC